CUGAUGGUUUGGGAUGAGAGUGAAGCCUGCAACAUCUCCCACAAGGUGCCCAGCAGGGUCAUCCUCACUUGCCAUAUUCCGAGCUCCGGGAAGAACUUGACCUCUCAGGCCAUCGUCCAGCGAAUGGAGAGGAUUUUGGGUAACCCAGGCGCACCGUGGCCCAGCUGGAUGGUGCCGCAGAGUCUACUAGUGGAUAAUAAUUUGGGGCAAAUGUUGGGGGUCCUGCUUCUCACCUUGCCAGGAGUCCCUUUAUUGCCAGGAGGAAAGGGUUCCCCAAUUCAUCUGGAGAGAGACCCCAUGAACGGAAACACCAACGGGCACCCAUUGGCGAAUGUCUACCGCUCUCUCCUGGCCCUGCGAGCGAAUUCCUCCCCUCUUCGUGGAACUGGUUUUGCUCCGCUGACCCUCGCUGACCCCUCCGUGAACGUCUUGUCCUUCAUUCGGCCGGGGUCCUGUUCCGGCAUCCUGGUGGUCCUCAACCUGGGGUCGUACCCCUUCCAGCUGCGCCUGGAGCAACUGGGCAUCCCGGCCCCAGCCAAGAUCCUCUUUAACACUGCCUUGGUGUCCCAAACAGAGGUCAACAUGGAGGUGGUCAAGGUGGCACCCGGCCAAGCCGUCCUUCUCCGAGUGCCAAGAGGAUUGGGACAGUGACCGCUACUGGAAGCAAGGGGAACCCUCAUUGGCUGUGCUGUCGCCCAAUGGCAGAGUGACUCUUUCCCUAUUGGUUGUGUUAGUCUCAAUCUUAACCAAUGGCAGAGUAAUUCCUUUCCUAUUGGCCAUCACAGAUUCAAUCUUAGCCAAUGGCAGAGCAACUCUUUCCCUAUUGGUUGUUGAAGACUCAGUCUUAACCAAUGGUAAAGCUACUCCUUUCCUAUUGGUUAUUGCAAACUCAAUCUUAGCCAAUGGUAAAGCUACUCCUUUCCUAUUGGUUAUCGCAGACUCAAUCUUAGCCCAUGGCAGCGCAACUCCUUCCCUAUUGGUUGUCACAGACUCAGUCUUAACCAAUAGUAAAGCUACUCUUCCCUAUUGGCUGUCACAGAUUCAAUCUUAGCCAAUGGCAGAGCAACCCCUUUCUUAUUGGUUGUCACAGACUCAGUCUUAACCAAUGGCAAAGCUACUCCUUCCCUAUUGGCUGUCGCAGAUUCACUCUUAGCCAAUGGCAGAGCAACUCCUUCCCUAUUGGCUGUCACAGACUCAGUCUUAACCAGUGGCAAAGCUACUCCACCCUAUUGGCUGUUGCAGAAUCACUCUCAACCAAUGGUAAACCUACUCCUUUCCUAUUGGCUGUCACAGAUUCAAUCUUAGCCAAUGGCAGAGCGACUCCUUCCCUAUUGGUUGUCGCAGACUCAAUCUUAACCAAUGGCAAAGCUAUUCCUUCCCUAAUAGUCGUCACAGAUUCAAUCUUAGCCAAUGGCAGAGCGACUCCUUCCCUAUUGGUUGUCGCAGACUCAAUCUUAACCAAUGGCAAAGCUAUUCCUUCCCUAUUAGUCGUCACAGAUUCAAUCUUAGCCAAUGGCAGAGCAACUCCUUCCCUAUUGGUUGUCGCAGACUCAGUCUUAACCAGUGGCAAAGGUACCCCUCUCUAUUGGCUGUCACAGAUUUAAUCUUAGCCAAUGGCAGAGCAACUCCUUCCCUAUGGGUUGUUGCAGACUCAGUCUUAACCAAUGGCAAAGCUACUUCUCCCUAUUGGCUGUCACAGAUUGAAUCUUACCCAAUGGCAGAGCAACUCCUUCCCUAUUGGUUGUCGCAGACUCAGUCUUAACCAAUGGCAAAGGUACCCCUCUCUAUUGGCUGUCACAGAUUUAAUCUUAGCCAA